GCCAUUUUACACUGUCCCUGCUAGAAAGUGGGCUGUCGUUGGAAGACGUGCUUAGACAAAAAUAAUUAGCUGAAACAAAUCCCACAAGUAAAAAAAGAAAAUCAAAAAAAACAAAACAAAAGCCGUUCCACCGCGUUAGAGCACUUACAGAUAAAAGUGGACUACAAAGGGAAAAGUGUGAAAUUCCAUACAGGAAAACACUACUUGCAGGAACCAAGAAGAUGAAUGGGACACUGGACCAUCCAGACCAGCCUGACAUUGAUGCUAUAAAAAUGUUUGUGGGUCAGAUCCCUCGCUCCUGGUCAGAAGAGCAGCUUCGGGAGCUCUUUGAGCCCUACGGCGGCGUCUAUGAAAUCAACAUCCUCAGAGACAGGAGUCAGAAUCCCCCACAGAGCAAAGGAUGUUGUUUCAUCACAUAUUACACACGGAAAUCCGCAUUAGAAGCACAAAAUGCCCUUCACAAUAUGAAAAUUCUUCCAGGGAUGCAUCAUCCCAUUCAGAUGAAGCCAGCAGACAGUGAGAAGAACAACUUGGUAGAAGAUCGAAAGCUGUUUAUCGGGAUGGUGUCUAAGAAAUGCAACGAGAACGACAUUCGACUCAUGUUCUCCCCCUACGGUCAGAUCGAGGAGUGUCGCAUUCUCAGAGGACCUGAUGGACUGAGCCGUGGUUGUGCCUUCAUCACAUUCACAGCCAGACAGAUGGCACAAUCUGCCAUUAAAUCCAUGCACCAGUCACAGACAAUGGAGGGCUGCUCAUCUCCAAUCGUGGUGAAGUUUGCAGACACACAGAAGGAUAAGGAACAGAAGCGCAUGGCCCAGCAGCUGCAACAGCAGAUGCAGCAACUCAAUGCUGCCUCCAUGUGGGGAAAUUUAACUGGCCUCAACUCGCUAGGCCCACAGUACCUCGCACUUUAUUUGCAGCUCCUGCAGCAAUCCACAUCCUCUGGGAAUGCUCUCAACAAUCUCCACCCCAUGUCAGGUCUGAAUGCCAUGCAGAAUCUGGCUGCAUUGGCGGCAGCAGCGAGUGCCACUCAGGCAACUCCAAGUGGCAGCAAUGCAUUGACCACGUCCAGCUCGCCACUCAGUGCGCUUACUAGCUCAGGUACGGCCUCCGGACAACAGACUCUCUCUGCCUGGGAUGGCUGCAAGGCAGGUUCGUCUCCCACCUCGAAUGCUAAUUCAUCUGUGAAUCCCAUGGCUUCUCUGGGUGCGCUGCAGUCUCUGGCUGCAGGUGCUGGUGCUGGUCUUAACAUGAGUUCAUUAGCAGGCAUGGCUGCGUUGAAUGGUAGUUUGGGCAGUGGAGGCCUGUCUAAUGGCUCUGGAAGUGCUAUGGAUGCCUUGACCCAGGCAGCAUACUCUGGGAUCCAGCAGUAUGCAGCCGCUGCCCUACCAAGUCUUUAUAACCAGAGCCUUCUUUCUCAGCAGAGCAUCAGUGCUGCUGGCAGCCAGAAAGAAGUUAUUUCCUCUGUAGGUCCAGAGGGGGCGAAUCUCUUCAUUUAUCACCUGCCACAGGAGUUCGGUGACCAGGACUUGCUUCAGAUGUUCAUGCCUUUUGGCAAUGUAAUCUCUGCCAAGGUUUUCAUAGAUAAACAGACUAACCUCAGCAAAUGUUUUGGUUUUGUGAGUUAUGACAAUCCCGUUUCAUCCCAAGCGGCCAUUCAGUCAAUGAACGGAUUUCAGAUCGGAAUGAAACGACUGAAGGUUCAACUGAAACGAUCCAAAAAUGACAGCAAGCCAUAUUGAGUGCUUUUACUCUAAAAUGGACUUGGUUUGAAAUUGUGUUUCUGAUAUCUUCGUGCCCGUUUGUUCAUCGUUUCCCUAGCAUGUCGAUGUGACGUCAAAAGUUCAUCGUCCAGUCCGUUGUCCUCUUCGCUUCUCUGACGCUUGAAAAAUUUUCACCCUUGACCUUUUUUGUUUUUGUUUUGUUUGUUUGUUAACUUUUGACGCUUAGUGGUUACUUAUUUUGUUUGUUUUGUGUGGUGUUCAUUUCUGUUUGUGCUGCCAAUAGGGGGCACUAGAAAGACUGCUGCUGUUAACGAAAAUGUAAAAAGUUUCUUGAAUAUUGUUCAGAACAGAGUCUAUUUUUCUAGAACUUGCAAACAUAACCACUAGAUUAUGCAGAGGCUUUUAAUUUUCAUUUUCAGUACCCACUUAAAUUUUUUUGUUUAGCCAAUUUUAUUUUUCAUUGUUUUAGAGCAGUCUUUCUAGUGCACUCAGUUUUACUCAUUUGUUUUCCUCUAAAAGCAGCCAAUCCAUUUAUAGAAUCACUUUGUGUGUGUGUGGGUGUGUUUUCCUCUUUCUCUCACUUGUUGUACGCCUUUUUAGGGUUUUUGCAGUCACAUUUUGCUGAAACUGAGGAUAACCUUGUAAUAUUGUGCUAGGUUUAGUUGGCAUGAUUUUUGAUGGCAUAAUUUUGGGAGUUCCUUAACAGUGUGACAUUACAAUAGACACUUGAAUUGCUUUUCUUCCUUUUUUCCCAUUUAGUGUGUCAAGAUACCAUAGGCACAUGUUUUUUCAUUUUUUUUAAUGUGUGAAGAUCAGGAUUAGUCUGAAAUAAAAAAAAAUGCAUAAAAUGAGCAAAAUUGAGUUUCUUGUCACAGUUAGUAUAAAAGUAUGCAUGGUUUUUUUUUUUUUUUUUUUUUGUAACUGCACUGACAUCCUCAGCAAAAUGUGAUUUAGUUCUGUUAAAAAGACACAAUUAUAAAAUGAAUAAAAUGGUGCCAAAAGUUUUGCAUGUUGCUGUUGGUCACAUUUUAUGUAUUUUUCAUGUCUGCUUACUCUUCCAAUGUGGUCCCAUUUUAUUAACUGAUUUUAAAUCUAGUCAUAACUGCGUGUUGAACCCAUGUUUGAACGUGAACUUUGUAUAUGGACUUUGUAAUGACUUCUCAUAAUGAACCCAGUCCUUGCACCAUUGUAAAUGGAUGGCAGAAAGGAUCAUAAGUUUCCUCCCAAUCUGACAAAUGUUAGCUUCUUUUAGUUCACAGUCUAGCCACAGCCCUCUUCUGUAGUACUGCCUUUUCUGUGUCUUCUAUGUAAUGAAUAAAACCUUCUUUUUAUAAUAAGGCUUCCCCUUCAAAAUUACAAACAUCAUUUGAUUGAUUUUUUUUUUUUUGUUUUUUAUAUAUUUUUUUUUUCCCCCCAAAUUGCCCUCGUUUGACAAUUUGGCACCGUUUUCAAUAGCUUUUAUUUCAACAGUAGAUUGCUAGCAAAGAAAAAAGGCCUAUUGUUGGCAAAUUGGGUUGCAAUUUUUGGCAUUUUAUAAUCUAGAUUUUAAGCUGCUGUUUGUUUCAAUGUACUCUGAAAAACUUACCUGUGGGAUGUUUGUCAUUAUUGGUACAGAGUGAUUGUAUUUAAUAGUAAGAAAUUGUACAGUUUUUGCCUUUUUCUACUUCCAAGUUCUGUUUCACAAUGUGAAUUUGAAAUCCUAAUAAGUGGAGCCAUGUAGAACUUGCCACCAUGACCAAACAUAAGUCUAAACAAAAACAAGUAAUUCUAAGAAGCAGCCUUCAGUUGAAUUAAAAGCUGAUUUUCUUUUUUUCUUCUUUUUUUUCCUCCUUUGUCAUUUUAGUUAUGGUUUUCACUGGAAUUGUAGAGUGAGGAGUUCAUUAGAUGUCUAGAGGAGUGUUAUUUCUGAAUGUUUUCUGUUGAGGUUUAUUUAAAAUUGUGAUGGACGUUAAAGUUUUCAUGCUACUGUCUCCACAGAAGUAUAGCAACGUGCAUACAAGAAGUCGUCAUUUUGUAGUUUCUUUGGUCGGGUUGUUUGUCUGAUUAAAAACUGAAAAGAUUCACA